UUAAAUUCUUUGGAGAGUGCAUGUGGUCAGUGUCUUUAAUGUAUUUUGUACGUGCACAAUGUAUUUGGGUGAUGUGUUCUUCUAUUUUAAUGUUUUGUCUUUUUAUCUAGGUCAUGGUACUGGUCGUCGCCACCGUGUGAGCACCUGGCCAGUUUCACCCCUGACUGGCAGGAGUCACAAGAUGAUCAUCCCAGCCGAGUCACCUGACAAGAAGUUUGUUCUUUUUGUCGGUGAUUCCCACCUGCGCGCCAUUGUUGAUGGCCAUGUGAAGAUUUCGCACAAGCAGCUUUCUUUUGGUCUCAUGUCAACGCCAGGCGCUGACGCCAAGGACCUGAGGACUGAGAUGGUGAGUGCAGUCCUUCCCAGGACACCUGACCUUGUUUGUGUUCUUGCGCCCAGCAACAACUUGACUAAGGGGACUUUGGAUCAGGCUGCAGUGGACUUUGAGGAGCUUCUCACCAGUGCCUUGUCUCGGUGGCCGAAGUUGUUUGUCCUGGACUUCCCUCCGCGCCGGAACGUGGAUCAGGACUUGCAGGAACUUUUUCGCCAGGAGUUUCACCGUGUGGCUGCACGCAAGGGUGUGAGGUACUACUCUAUUGCAGAGUUCUUUCCUCUCAGCCAGCGUGACCUGUGGAGUUGGGAUGGGGUGCACCUGAGUGAUGGAUCUGGGAUGAGGACGCUGGUGACAUUGCUAUGCGACAAAUCCAGUCUGGAGCUAGCGAUGGCUGUUGCACAGGAGGAGUCGCGUAGCAUGUUGCCAGCUGUUCCUGCUCCUGCUCCUCGUCUGGCUCCGAGGUUGGUUGUGGUUGGAGAGGCCUGCUCUCCACGUCCGUUGCACAACCCAUUGGAUUGGAAGGUGGUUGAACCACGCAGGACGGGGAGCAGCUCGCCCCCUAAGGGAGGGAAGGUUCAGCUCAGGGAUUGUUACAUCCCUCUCACUCCUGUGUGGUUCAGCCCACCAAUGUUGGAGAUGAUGGACAGUGUCCGUCCGGGCAAUCUUGAUCAGAAGGAGCCCAGUACUUCUGCCAAGGGACCAACGGGGGUCAAGCGUCCUAGGAGCCCUUUUGCUUCAAAGAAGAGCUGUGGGAAACAGAAGGUUUGA